GGUCUCUUGCAGCAACGCGAGUGGGAGCACCAGGCGCCGGCUCGGAGCGGAGCUCCACGGAUCGCUUUAAGAAAUGGCAGACAAGCCGGACAUGGGGGAAAUCGCCAGCUUCGAUAAGGCCAAGCUGAAGAAGACGGAGACGCAGGAGAAGAACACCCUGCCGACCAAAGAGACCAUUGAGCAGGAGAAGCGGAGUGAAAUUUCCUAAGAACCUAAAGGAUUCCCCACCCCCGUCAUCUUCGAGACACACCAGUCGUGAUGUGGAGGAAGAAGAGCCACCUGCAAGAUGGACACGAGCGACAAGCUGCA